AUGGCCAAAUCUCACGAAACCGAACUUCCAAUCAAAGCUUUUGGCUGGGCUGCUACUGACACUUCUGGCAUACUCUCUCCGUUUCAUUUCUCCAGAAGGGAAAAUGGCGAAGAUGAUGUAACAGUUAAAAUUCUGUUUUGUGGUGUUUGUCAUUCUGAUCUACACACUAUCAAGAACGAUUGGGGUUUCACUACUUACCCUGUUGUUCCCGGGCAUGAGAUUGUUGGCGUUGUGACAAAAGUUGGAGACAAUGUGAAAAAUUUCCGUGCCGGGGAUAAAGUUGGUGUUGGUGUAAUGGUGGAAUCUUGUCAAACUUGUGAGAAUUGCCAGCAGGAUCUAGAGAAUCACUGUCCUAAAAUUGUGUUCACCUAUAACUCUCCUUAUAAGGGGACAAGAACCCAGGGGGGCUAUUCUGAUUCUGUGGUUGUUCACCAGCGCUAUAUACUACAGUUUCCUGACAACUUACCCCUUGAUGCUGGUGCUCCGCUGUUGUGUGCUGGGAUCACCGUGUAUAGCCCGAUGAUAUAUUAUGGCAUGACUGAGCCAGGCAAACAUUUGGGAGUGGCAGGGCUUGGUGGGUUAGGUCAUGUUGCAAUCAAAUUUGGCAAAGCAUUUGGGCUGAAGGUUACCGUCAUUAGUACCUCUCCAAACAAAGAAAGAGAGGCCAUUGACAAACUUGGGGCUGAUGCUUUCCUUGUUUCCAGUGAUCCUGAAAAACUGAAGACUGCUGCAGGAACCAUCGAUUAUAUCAUAGACACUAUUUCUGCUGUUCAUCCUCUGUUGCCACUGCUUGGCCUGUUGAAGCUGAAUGGGAAACUGGUCACUGUGGGGUUGCCUAACAAGCCCCUUGAGCUCCCUGUUUUUCCGUUAAUUGGAGGACGGAAGCUUAUAGGAGGGAGCAACUUCGGAGGGAUCAAGGAGACUCAGGAGAUGCUGGAUUUCUGCGGCAAGCACAACAUAACUGCUGAUAUUGAGCUGAUUAAGAUGGACCAAAUCAACACAGCAAUGGAAAGGCUUAGCAAAGCUGAUGUCAAAUAUCGCUUUGUGAUCGAUGUCGCUAACUCUUUCUCAAGUUUGUAG